AUUGUAAAAUAUAAUUCUCAACAUGAAAACUAUAUUGAUUUUGGCACUUUUGAGCUGCGUUGCUCUUACCAUCUGCGCUCAAGGUCCUGAGCCUACCGAAGGACCUGAACCUGAGCCCACUGGUGAGCCUGAUGAACAAAAGUGCGACACUUGCAUAACAUUGACAUCUAUAAUCAGAGACUACAUUGACGAAAAAGUUCCACUGGACGAGGUUAAAAAGGAUCUUGAAAGAAUAUGCCACGAUUUGCCAGAUCAGUUGAAAGAAAUUUGCGAAAAGCAAUUGCUUCCAAAUCUUGAUAAAGUCUAUGAGGAUCUCCAAAAACAUACACCUUACGAGUUGUGCCAACAAUAUAAAAAUUGUUAGAAAAAAAAAUGUGAUUUGAAUAUGAACAUUUACUUAUAAAAAUGCGAAAUAAAUUUUUAAAUUCUGCAAUUAUGUUUUCUUGUUUUC